AUGGUAGGGAGAAUUCUCUCCCUCAAAAUGAAAAUAGUCUAUCCCCUCAGGGCACCUGUUAGACCUAGCCCACCUCAUACUCAAUCAGGGGGCCACUGCCCUAAUAAUGGGGGGCAAAAAAACAAAAAUACAAACCAAGAGGGAGGUAACGUGAACCAACCACUACUCAAAACUGUUUCCAAUUCUUCCUCCUCUAACCAGGAGAAAAGGCCAGAAAGGAAACAGCAGUGUCACAAUCUGAGCUCCCUCUCUGAAGUAAGAGUGGACCAUAACCUUAAGUUGAGCCUGUUUCCCAGACAUUAUUGUAGGUAG